AACUAACGUCAGCAGGGAACUUGAGGGGCAAUCGAGGAUGCAACGUCACGUAAACCCAUAUUAGCAUUGAUUAGUUAUUAUGCUCUCUCGCUUUCCUUUGGUAUCACCUUGGUUAUUAAACUUCCGACUCGAUCCUUAACAACCCCGUCCCCUCCUUCUCUGAUUAGUUCAUAACGUUCAAUGGCGACAUCAUCCCACGAUUCAAUCCUGCUUGCAACGCGGCCGGGCGGAUCCGGGCCACCGGCCCCGGCCCCGUCACCGGCCCCGGCCCCGGCCUUGCCGCCGAUAUCCCGCAAGAAGCAAGCGGCGGUGCUCUUCUCGGCUUUCAUGACCACUGCUCUCACGAUCGGUUACAACCAAUCCUUCGGCGUCUUUCAGCAGUACUACCUCUCGCCCAGCCAAGACGUCCUGAUCCCCUCGCCGGCCUCGCAGGUCUCGCCGCCGCCGACGGCGCUGCUCGCCUUCGUAGGCACGCUGUGCUACGGGCUGACCUGGGCCGGCGGCAUCGUGGUGAAUCCCGUGAUCGCCCGGCUCGAGCACGGGAGCUGGGCUUCCGCCACGUCCUCGACUCGGCUCUGGCGCCGCAGGCUGCUGCGCCUGCUGACCCCGCGCGUCAUCACCGUGUCGGGAGUGCUCGUCACCUCUGCCGGCUUCGUGCUGGCAUCCCUCAGCCGCUCCGUAUGGCAGCUCCUUAUCACACAGGGCUUUCUGGCCGGCAUGGGCAUGUCGCUCUUGUACUUUCCGCUCUUGGCUCCGGCGCCCGAGUACUUUACCAACCACCGGGCUACCGCUCUUGGUUUUAUCCUAGCCGGCGGAGGCGCGGGCGGCCUCGUCCUCUCGCCCGUCAUUCGAGCGCUCCUCAGCUCCAUUGGUGGCCGCUGGACUCUCCGGCUCUACGCCCUCUUCAACCUCCUUGCGGGGCUACCCAUCGCUUGGACGGUUCCGCGGAGCCGGUUCGCGGUAGGGCGUAAUACUGCGGCAGUCUCCACUCCCGGUCACCGAUUGUCGGAAUCCCCCGAGAGAAGGGAGGAGGAGGAGGAGGGGCAGCAGCAGCGGGGGUUCGGCACGCACGUGUCGCGGGCGCUCGCGUCGCGACCGACCUUCCUGCUCUCGGCAGCGGCGGCGUUCCUGCAGGCGGCGGGCGCGCAGCUGCCCAUCGCCUUCAUCCCCUCGUACACGGCGGCGCUGGGGCUGGGUGGUGAUGGCGGCGGCAGUGGCGGCGGCGGCGAGGAGGAGGGCGCGUCGACCAUGGGCGCGACGCUGCUGGCGGCCAGCAGCGCGGUCAACGCGGCGUCGCGGGUGGUGGCGGGCUACGCGGGCGACCGGCUCGGGCGGCAGAACGCGCUGGUGCUGACGCUGCUGCUGGCCGCGGGGAGCGUGUACGCCUUCUGGCUGACCAGCGCGCUGCUGGCCGUGGAGGAAUGGGGGGGCGGCGCGUCGUCGUCGUUGUCUUCGUCGUCGGCGGCGGCCUGGUCGUCGUCGGCCUGGUCGCUCUGGCUCGCCUUCGUCGCCCUCUACAGCUUCUCCGUCGGCGGGUAUUAUGCGCUCUUCCCGGCCCUGGUGGCGGAUGUUUUUGGGAUCAGACACUACGCGGCCGUCAAUGCCUUCAUCCUCUUCGUGAGGGGGCUGGGGACUUUGUUCGGGAGCCCGGUGGGCGGGCAGCUGCUCGGGAGCGCAGCCGAGGGAGCGCGGGCGUAUACCAGUGUUGCCUGCUGGGACGGGGCGCUGCUGACGGCCGCGACCUUGUGCUGUGUUGGGGUCCGGUGGGCAGAUGCGAAGGGAAAAGGGUGGAGGUGGAUUGCAUGAGGCGGAACCGAACCAGAUUUCGUUUGAGGGCAAGGCACGCCUGCUUCCGACUUGGCCAGCAAGCAGGCAUAGAAGCCAGAGAAGCGCCGUAUCAGAAGGCUAUAAAUAUGAUAGUGUCCC